UGGAGACGCCGUUGGCUAUUCGAAGCGUCGAUUCAUUUGUCAAAGCAACAAAAUUUUGGUGCUUCCUGACGGGGUCCGUUCGCACUCCACCUGCCGUUUAUUAAUUCUUCCAAUUUUCUCGUUCUACACAAUUCCUCAUUCUCUGGGCUUUGCAAUCUUUGAUCCUAUCUGGUUUGGGCACGAUGAGUGAGGUGUUCGACGGAUAUGAACGACAAUACUGCGAGCUUUCGGCGAAUCUGUCAAGAAAAUGCACUUCGGCUAGUGCCCUUAAUGGAGAGCAAAAGAAGCAAAAGGUUUCUGAAGUAAAGGCAGGAAUUGAUGAAGCAGAAGCUCUGAUUCGGAAAAUGGAUCUUGAGGCCAGAAGUUUGCCGCCUAAUGUCAAGGCUGUCCUUCUAGCUAAAUUGAGAGAGUACAAAUCUGACCUCAACAACUUAAAAAGUGAAGUUAAACGCAUUGAAUCUGGAAGCUUAAGUGCAGCCACUAGAGACGAGUUGCUGGAAUCAGGAAUGGCUGAUACAUUGACGGCAUCAGCUGACCAAAGGUCGAGAUUAAUGAGCACAACAGAGAGGCUAGGUAAGUCAAGUGAUAGAAUUAAGGAAAGUCGAAGAACCAUGCUAGAAACCGAAGAACUUGGAGUUUCAAUUCUUCAAGAUUUGCACUCGCAGAGACAGUCUCUCUUGCAUGCUCAUAAUACGCUUCAUGGAGUAGAUGACAAUAUAGGGAAGAGUAAGAGAAUUUUAACCAACAUGUCGAGAAGGAUGAACAAGAACAAAUGGAUUGUUACAUCCAUAAUUGUUGUUCUUGUAUUGGCCAUCAUCCUGAUAUUGUACUUCAAACUUACCAAAUAGUAAGGAUAUAUAUAUAUAUAUAUCUUUUCUUCAUUUGGGUUUGUCAUAUUGUUGUUGAGUGUUGUUGAAACAUGAGUUCAUGGUUUAUGUAUUUUUCUGGGUCUGUUGUGAGUUUGUACAUGGCUUAUGUCAUGAUUAAUAUAUCUUGCCAGCAUCUUUGUCUUAAUUAAGAUGGGCAAGUGUUCACAAUACAAUUUUUAAUGUUGUAUCCAUAUUUGCUUACUGUGGGAUAUCCAUAUUUGCCUUACUUUGAGAGCUUCAAUUGAUAAUCUACAAAGAUGGUUUGAGCUUUA